CGAGCACUUGCAGCGGCGACAACAGGUUCACAUUUCUCAAUCAGGAGCCUCUCUCGAGCCGUACGCGCCCCCAUGCCGCAGCAGUCAGGGUCUCAAAAGCGCUCCGCUGCUCAUCUUGAGCACGAUGAACCAGGGCCCUCCACCAAAGUCCAGAAGGUGUUUCCCAUAUUCACGGGCGUUGCCGCAAGCGACUCCAGGUUCCGUUGGAUAUCCCCAGCACUUGGUCCCAAACGUUCAUGCCUCCAUGGCGUGAAUGGUGAGCCCAAAGCCUCGCCCAAGGUUGCCGCGUUCGACCUCGAUGGGUGCAUUAUCAAGGGCGCCUUUCCUCCCAAGAAAGGCACUCCGCCCAAGUUCGAUUGGUGGAAUAAAAUCGUGCCUAAGAAGCUGAAAGAGGUCCAUGAGCAGGGCUAUUCAGUGGUCAUCAUGACCAACCAAGGUCUGCGGACGACUGCUCAGAUCAGUGAUUGGAAAAUGAAGAUUCCUCUCAUUGCGGCUGCUUUGCCCGAUGUGCCGUUUCGCAUCUUUGCGGCUACGGAGAAAGAUGGCUACCGUAAACCCUUUCCGGGCAUGUGGUAUGAGUUAGACAAGAUUUUCGCCCAAGAGAACGUGGGAAUAGACAUCCCCAGCUCUUUCUUCGUUGGCGAUGCUGCCGGUCGUCAAAGCGAUCACUCAUCGACUGACAGGAAGCUUGCCCUCAACAUCGGAAUCCCUUUCCAUACACCCGAAGCCUACUUCCUUGGCCUACCAGAGGCUUCAUAUACCCUUCCUGGUUUCCAUGUGUCAACGCUGCCUAAGGAUGAGCCCCAUCUUGUUCCCGCACAUCCACCGCUCCUCCCAGCACCGGCCUCACCUGAACUCGUGCUAUUUGUCGGGUACCCCGCGUUAGGCAAAACAUCCUUCUUCCGCACCCACUUCGCACCAGCCCACUAUACCCAUAUCAACCAGGAUGCCCUCAAGACCCGCGAUAAGUGCGUCAAGGCUGUCGAUCAGGCCCUUAAGGACAAGCACGAUGUCGUAGUCGAUAACACGAACCGUGACAAGGAGACGCGCCAAUAUUAUAUCGGCCUCGCCAAGAAACACAAGGUUCCCGUUCGAUGCAUAUACUUUGCAGGUUCGAUAGAACUGGCUUGGCACAAUAAUCUAUACCGUGCCUUCAACAUGCCGCCAUCUGUCGCCGCUGCAGAGCCUAAACGAGAGCUUCUACCAUACUCAGCUUUCGCAAGCUUCCGCCAGAAGUUCCAAGAGCCAUCCGUGGACGAGGGCUUUUACGAAGUCCGCAAAGUCAAUUGGUUAUUCGAAGGAGAUGAAGAGGCCAAGAAGAGGUGGAGCAUGUGGCUGCAGAUAGACGGGAAAUAG